UUCUCUAUUUCAUAGUGGACAGACAGCGCAGACAUAACGUGGUUUGACUUGGGCAGAGUGAACAGCUUCUCUAGACCAUGUGAAGGCUAAUUUUUUUCCUCAACACCAGUAUUUCACAACGGUAUUAAAGAAAAAAAAAAGUUUUUGUUUUUUUUUUUUGAUUUGAUCUUAGACAUGGAGGUACUGCGGGGGAACAUGAGCACCAACUCCUCAGUUGAGGGAGAAUGCACAAACCUGUAUGACCACCGGCACACCGCCAAAAUCCUGAUGUCGCUCCACUAUUCCAUCGUUUUCAUUGUGGGAUUACUGGGGAACCUGCUUGCCCUGCAUGUAAUCUGGCCUAACUUGAAGAAGAUAAAUUCCACCACACUCUACUCCACUAACUUGGCAAUAUCAGACAUCCUCUUCACGCUUUCUUUGCCACUGCGCAUUAUGUACUACGGGAUGGGCUUCCACUGGCCCCUAGGUGGCGCCCUCUGCAAGGUGUUUGGCCUCAUCUUCUACAUCAACACCUAUGCUGGGGUCAACUUCAUGACGUGCCUGAGUGUAGACCGCUUCAUUGCUGUAGUGUUGCCGCUGCGCUACAGCCGCUUCCGGAAGGUACAAAACGUCAAGUAUAUCUGCAUCGCUGUCUGGAUUUUGGUUUUGGCUCAAACUCUGCCACUGCUGUUCAAUCCAAUGACAAAUAAGGAGAAGGAUGAGUAUGUGACCUGCAUGGAGUACCCUAACUAUGAGAAAAUGGAAAACCUGCCAUAUAUGUUGAUUGGAGCAGUCUUCUUGGGCUAUGGCAUCCCAGUGAUGACCAUACUGGUGUGUUACUCUGUCUUGUCCCGGAAGUUAUACAUUGCAGCCAAGAGUAAUCACCUGACUGGAAAAUCUGGCCGAAACAAAAAAGCCAUUGGCGUCAUCUGCUGUGUCAUGCUGGUUUUCACUGUGUGCUACAGCCCUUAUCACAUUGACAUCUUGCAGUACAUGAUCCGAAAGCUCAUCUACACCCCAGACUGCCAAGAGUUGUUCACCUUUCAAGUCUCUCUGCAUGUCACGGUCUGCCUCAUGAAUUUCAACACCUGCCUUGACCCGUUCAUUUAUUUCUUUGCCUGCAAGGGCUACAAACGGAAAAUCAUGAAGAUCCUAAAGAAACAGGUGAGCGUUUCCUUCUCUAGCGUGGUCCGAACUUCCCCGGAGGUCUACUCCCGUGAUGCGGUCGAUGCUACAGAGAUCCAGUUAAACAGCAAGAGCAACAUAUGAGAACAGUCAAAUCACCAUGCUAACUGAAGGAGGACUGCAUUAAGCAGGCAACAUCUGUAGCUUGAGCAGAAGAUCCCACCAAGUACCGAACAAAAACAAAUAAAGUUCUGGAAGAACAUAUUCAGUACAAAACAAUACUGCCAUGAAGCACAGAAGCUACCUGCCAGAAAAAAACAGACAAAUUGCAUAAUUUGAGAAGCAUACGGUGUAAGCCCACACACUUACUGAGGAGUCAAAAAGCACCUUGUAUCUACACUCUCAGAAAAAAGGGUAAAAAUGUGUAAUUUUGAUGUCACUGGGGCUGUAUCCUCAAAGGUCUACCUGUUAUUCCCUUUAGCUGUAAGAAAUUGUAGCUUUUAAGGUACAGAAAUGGACUUGAUGGUACAAUCUACUUCUUGUCCAUUUCUGUACUGUAAAAAAUAAUGUUUUACUUUCCAGAUGUAAAAUCAUUGGUAGGAUUCAAGCAUCUCAAUUGUCGAAAAUGAUCAGUGUAAAUAAUGCUGCUGAACAAGUUAAAUAACCGUCUGAAUUAACUAUUUACAUGACUACUGAGCUAACUCUGAGUUCUGUUUUGAGUCAACCAUGUAAAUUAUCUGGCCUAAAAGCUCAAUUUCUGGGAAACAAGCUGGUAUUCCCGUGAAGAAGGUAAAUGGAUGUAUAAAUGGUUUUUUGCACUGUAUAGUAAUAAAAAAUUAAUAAUGAUAAAUUCUUGCAGAGUUCAUUAGAUUACAUUCGAUUAAUUUUAUUGUCAUCAUGCAGAGUGCCAACCAGUACAGUUGCAAUGCAGUUAUAAUCAGACCAGAAAUGCAAGAAUAUUAUCAUUUACCGAAGGUACUGUAAUAAUUAAAGUGCAGGAAUAAGUAAAGUGCAGGAACGUAGAGCAUGUACAUAAACCAGAAGGGUACAUUGCUGGGGUUCUCAAAAUCCAGUGGUGCGGAUGCGGACAGAACCACAAGCUAAUCCGGACACAGCUGAAAAUGCACCUUAAUAAUCAAUAUGGCUUACGUAAAAAGGCUUAAUCAAGCAAUAACAUACGAGAAGGAAUGAGGUUGUACUCCAAUACAUCACGACAGUGAUUUGGUCAUAGCCAAGAAGGCACGUGUACGCUGAGUGCUGAAGAUAAUACUUUGCUUGACUAUUGCCAAGCAACAGAAACAAUCCAACGCAACACAAGCUCACUCGCUUCCAACUACUUUGCAUCAUUUAAAUUUAAGUAACGGCUUUUAGACACACCUGUAAAGUGAAGUGAUACAUCUGAUGCGAAAUUUCUGAGUGCAUUAAUACUCAUAACAUCACUUGCAGAAUACCUCCUAUCCAAUCAGAUUUCUUGCUUGGACCUAACGGUUGUACAAUGUGGUUUGAAGAUCAAGAAUACAAUGUAGAGCAGCCAAAUUUUGCACAAACAAAACUCGUCCUAUCCCCCCUCCCCAAGACAGAGAGCCCAAACAAUCAGUGAGAAUUAAAAAGUUGCCAUUUUUGUAAUAUAUUGAUGUCUGUAUCACAGUUAAUUGAUUAAAGUUCAUCAAAUGCU